AUGGCUUCUGGAUCUAAGAAUGAUGUUGUAAAUAGGCUGUCGAAUGUGAAGAUCGCCGAUGCCGACGGCGACGGUGACGAAGAGCCACCACAAAAUAUGCUUCCCUCAAAUCAGCAGGCUCGUCAAAGUGGUCACGACGAAGAAAUGGCCCAUUCUAUUGAUCCUAUGCCUUCCUCUUCUGCUAUUGAAAACCUACCAACACAUAACACGGGUGGACGCUUGCACAACUGGCAGGCAACAAAAACAACUGUAAAAGAACGUUUAUCAUUCUUAUUUAAUAACGAAAUCCUCUCUGACGUGCAUUUUAUCGUUGGUAAAGACGCCAAUCAGCAGGUCAUUCCAGCGCACAAGUUCGUACUUUCGGUUGGAAGCGCAGUUUUUGAUGCCAUGUUUAAUGGUGUACUGGCUACAAAGUCCGACGAGGUGGAGCUCCCAGAUGUGGAACCCGCGGCUUUCCUACAUCUGUUAAAGUUCCUGUACUCAGAUGAAGUACGAAUUGGUCCAGAGAGUGUGAUGACAACAUUAUAUACAGCAAAAAAAUAUGCUGUUGCUGCUUUAGAGGAGCACUGUGUAGAUUUUCUGAAGAGCAAUUUAGGUACAGACAAUGCUUUCUUGUUGCUCACACAAGCUAGAGACACUCUGAGAAUUAGAGAAGCCAAAAUCUUUUCAGCUGUCCUUCGUUGGUCAGAAGCAGAAUGUAUAAGACGCCAGCUUCCAGUGACCCCAACUAACCAAAGAACAGUUCUUGGCAGAGCUUUCCAUGCUAUACGGUUUCCCCUCAUGUCAGUGGAAGAAUUUGCUAUGGGUCCUGCCCAAAGUGGUCUUUUAGAUGACAGAGAGAUUGUCCAAGUUUUUCUUUAUUUCACUGUAAAUCCAAAACCUAAUGUUGGAUUUCUAGAUACACCCCGCUGUUGUAUGACUGGCAAAGAGUUGACAGUAAAUAGGUUCUCACAAACAGAAUCCAGAUGGGGCUACAGUGGGACAACAGACCGUAUUAGAUUUACAGUGGAUCAGAGGAUUUUUGUUGUUGGUUUUGGGUUGUAUGGAUCAUAUUUUGGACCAAGUGAAUAUGAAGUGCACUUGCAAAUAAUCCAUCUGGCAACAAAGAAAGUGUGUGGUUCAAACACAACUACAUUUUGCUGUGAUGGAACUGAUGAUACUUUUAGGGCAAUGUUCAAAGAACCAGUUGAAAUUCUUCCUAACACUUCUUAUAUUGCUAGUGCUAAAUUAAAGGGCACCGACUCGUACUACGGAUCAAAAGGUGUUCGUCGCGCAACAGUUGAUUGCAACAAUGGUGAAAAGGUGGUCUUUCAGUUUUCAUAUGCCGCUGGAAAUAACAAUGGUACAUCUGUGGAAGAUGGCCAGAUUCCCGCCAUAAUUUUCUACAUUUAA